CGCCGCUAACUAGCUUUAGCUUCGACAGAUUUGCGUCUGACUUUAUUCCAGAAUUACACAACUCUGUCGUUUGAAAACUCCGGUGUCACCUGACGAACUCAUCACGUCUGAGUCGCUAUUUGUUCGGUUGUGGCUCAAUUCGCAUCUGCACCUCCACUGUAAUCUCCUCCCAAUGGUGUGAAGGAACCAAAGGUCGCACCGCAACAAUGUCGAUGCCCAACACGCCCUCCAGCAGCGACGCCUGCCUCAGCAUCGUCCACAGUCUCAUGUGCCACAGACAAGGAGGCGAGAGCGAGACGUUUGCCAAGCGAGCCAUUGAGAGUCUGGUGAAGAAGCUGAAGGAGAAGAAGGACGAGCUGGACUCUCUCAUCACAGCCAUCACCACAAACGGAGCCCAUCCAAGCAAGUGUGUGACCAUUCAGAGGACGCUGGACGGCAGGCUCCAGGUGGCUGGACGGAAGGGAUUCCCCCACGUGAUUUACGCCAGGCUCUGGCGGUGGCCCGACCUGCACAAGAACGAGCUGAAACACGUCAAGUACUGCCAGUAUGCUUUCGACCUGAAGUGCGACAACGUGUGUGUCAACCCCUAUCACUACGAGCGGGUGGUGUCUCCAGGCAUUGACUUGUCGAGCCUGACCCUCGGCGGCUCUGGACCCAGUUCGGGAAUGAUAGUCAAGGAUGAGUAUGACUAUGAUGGCCCGCCAAGCCUGUCUUCCAUAGACGGGAGUCACUCCCUCCAAACCAUCCAGCAUCCGCCAUCCUCCGGCCGUCCGGCUCCGUCUGACUCCUUCACUGCCCAGAACCUCCUCCCACCCUCCGAAGCCUCCACCUCUGCAGUCUCCUCAUCCUUCCCCGUCAUCACUUCUGUGACUGGAAGUACGUUCAAGUGCGAUCCACUGGUCAAUCUUUCAAUAACUCUACACGCUCUCUGCUCAGGUGCGCCCUCUUCCUGGUCUGGGAACGGCUUCACUGCGCCCCCCAUUCCCCACCUCUCCAAUGGUCAUCUGCUGCACCACACUCCCAUGCCACACUACUGGCCGCCACACAAUGAACUCGCAUUCCAGCCUCCCAUAUCGAAUCAUCCAGCUCCGGACUACUGGUGCUCCAUCGCCUACUUCGAGAUGGACGUUCAAGUCGGGGAGACGUUCAAGGUUCCCUCCACGUGCCACGUUGUGACCGUGGACGGGUACGUUGACCCCUCAGGUGGAGACCGCUUCUGUCUGGGUCAGCUCAGCAACGUCCAUCGCACCGAAGCCAUCGAGAGAGCAAGGCUUCACAUUGGUAAAGGGGUCCAGCUGGAGUGCAAGGGAGAAGGAGACGUGUGGGUCAGAUGUCUCAGCGACCACGCAGUGUUUGUCCAGAGCUACUACCUGGAUAGAGAGGCGGGCCGUGCUCCGGGUGAUGCCGUCCACAAAAUCUACCCCAGUGCCUACAUUAAGGUCUUCGACCUUCGCCAGUGCAACAGACAGAUGCAGCAGCAGGCAGCUACAGCUCAGGCAGCUGCAGCAGCUCAGGCUGCUGCCGUGGCUGGGAAUAUACCGGGACCCAGCUCAGUGGGCGGGAUCGCCCCUGCUAUCAGUCUGUCAGCAGCUGCUGGUAUCGGCGUGGACGACCUGCGCAGGCUGUGCAUCCUGAGGAUGAGUUUCGUCAAAGGCUGGGGGCCCGACUACCCUCGCCAGAGCAUCAAGGAGACUCCCUGUUGGAUUGAGAUUCAUCUCCACAGAGCACUUCAGCUGCUGGAUGAGGUUCUGCACACCAUGCCCAUUGCAGACCCACAGCCUCUGGACUGAUGCCCCCGACACUGGUGCUCUUAUCCAAGGCAGCUGCAGUACCUCUAGCCCUCCCUGUUCAGGUCAGCAAGUGACAAAACCUUCCAGAACUUGCAGCAAUUCUCCAGCAGUUACUGAGCUUUGGAAGGUUUUUAAUUACACCACAUUUUUUUAAUUUCUUUUGGAACUGUAUUUAUGGAACCAAAGUCAGUUUUUAAGCUCAUUUUUAAACAUCUCGAUGUCUCAACACUAAAACGCCAACAACCGAAAUGGCUGUAACGCACAUGGAGACUGAAUUUCUAGCACUUUAAUGAGCUUGUUUUAAUCAAAUGCCAGUCAAUAAACGUUGCUCUGCACAAAGGGGUUGGAUGGAAUUGGUGGACCAGGGUGGGCCCUUGUCAUCCGCUGAUGGAUACCUUGUGUUUUCACCCUCGAGUCCUGCUGCCCACAUGACAUGCUGUAGCUUGUUUCUGACUGUACUUUUCAAUCAAUUCCUUCGUAUUUAUGACACAAUAAUAAA